CUGCUGUUUUGGUUAUGUUCCACCGAGUUUGUUGUCAAAAGAGUGGUGCAGUGAUUGCGUGUUUUCGUGAGUUUUCCACGCAUAUUUCGCAUAAAAAAUUCUGGAAAAUGCUAAAGAAAGUGCCAUUAGUUGUUAUUCUUGGCUCCACGGGAACGGGCAAGACGAAACUCUCCCUUGAAUUGGCCAAAAAGUUUGGUGGAGAAAUCAUCAGUGCCGAUUCAAUGCAGGUGUAUAAGGGUUUGAAUAUUGCAACAGCCAAAGCAACUAAAGCAGAACAACAAGUUGCACCUCAUCAUCUUCUGGAUGUAGCACAACCAGGCGUACCCUACAGCGUGCUGGAUUUCCGAAAUUCAGCCCAUCCAAUUAUAGAUGAUUUGUUGGCACAAAAUAAAAUGCCAAUUGUCGUCGGUGGGACGAAUUACUACAUUGAAAGUUUACUGUGGAAGGUGCUCAUUGUACCACCACAAACGGCAUCAUCUUCAAGUGGGACAAAAAGGAAAUUGGCUCAUAGUGACAGUGAAUCAGAUGAUGUAUUUCACAUAGACAGGAUCAAAAGAUUCACAGCGCAAGAAAUGAAUGGAAUGAAUUCAUGCGAUCUCCACAAAUGUCUCCAGCAGAUUGACCCAAUUACAGCCAAUAGAUUGCAUCCUAACAAUAAGAGGAAAAUAAUUAGAGCUAUUGAGAUUUUCAACAUGAGUGGCGAAGCAAUGAGCUCGAUCAUAAAUGAGCAAAGAAGCCAGGAAGGGGGAUCAAAAUUGGGUGGACCACUUCGUUACAAGGAUGUUAUUCUCUUUUCCUUACACUGCGAUCAGGAAAUCCUCAACAAUCGUCUUGAUUCUCGGGUGGAUUCAAUGGUAAAGGAUGGACUUUUGGCUGAAAUUCGUGAUUUUCACAAGACUUUCGUUGAGCCAUUCACUGAUACGGACUAUACAAAAGGAAUUCUUCAGACAAUCGGUUUCAAGGAAUUCAUUCCAUAUUUGGAGAACUUUUCUCAAGAUGAUGAUGAGAAAAUUCUUAAAUACAUCGUGGAGGAAUCUUCUGGGACAGAACCCCAAGGAAUGGAUACUCUAAGGAAAUGUUUAGAUGAAUUGAAAAUGGUAACGAGAAGAUACUCAAAGAAACAAGGAAAAUGGGUACGAAACCGUUUCCUUGGAAAUCUUAGUCGUGAUGUCCCACCAUUAUACAAACUGGACACAAGUGAUCCUUCGGUGUGGCAGGAAAAUGUUUAUUCAAAGGCAGAAGAUGUGAUUGAGGCUUUCAUGGAGGGCCGAAUGCCAAAGAUGGAACCAGAAAAGAGAUUUGCAAGCCAUAAAGAAGAACUCAAUGAUGAAGUGACUAACUUCUGUGAAGUUUGCAAUCGAACUUUUAUUGGGGAAUUUCAGUGGAAUAUUCACCUAAAAUCCAACAAACAUAAACGAAGUCACAUCAAGAAGUUAAAAAAUGAUAAAUAAAGAUAGUGGAAGAAAAAAAAGUAAGUUUUACUUCUCCUGGUAAAUUUCUCUUUAUUUUUAUGUAUGUCUGUAAAUCUUCCUUUUUUUCUUGUGUAAUUUACAGUAUAAUUAUAUUAUAGUUUUAUGCUUAAAAUGUA